AUGGGGAUUUUGGAGAAAAUCUCCGAAAUUGAGAGAGAAAUUUCUCGGACCCAGAAAAACAAAGCCACUGAGUACCAUCUAGGCUUGCUGAAAGCCAAGUUAGCCAAAUACAGAUCUCAGCUGCUGGAGCCCUCCAAAUCGGCGGGGGCCAAAGGUGAAGGCUUCGAUGUGAUGAAAUCUGGAGAUGCACGUGUUGCUCUCAUUGGUUUCCCAUCAGUGGGUAAGUCCACUUUCCUCAGCUUGAUGACAUCAACUGCCAGUGAAGCUGCUUCCUAUGAGUUCACCACCCUCACAUGCAUACCAGGUGUCAUUGAGUACAAAGGGGCCAACAUCCAGUUGCUGGAUUUGCCAGGAAUCAUUGAGGGUGCUGCUCAAGGUAAGGGAAGGGGUCGUCAGGUCAUCGCCGUGGCCAGAACGGCAGACGUUGUCAUCAUGAUGCUGGAUGCUACCAAAGGGGAUGUCCAGAGAACGCUUUUAGAAAAAGAGUUGGAGUCGGUGGGCAUUAGACUUAACAGGGAAAAACCCAAUAUAUAUUUCAAGCAAAAGAAAGGCGGAGGCCUGUCCUACAACUCCACAGUACCUCUUACCCACUGUUCGGAAAAGCUUGUUCAGCUCAUUCUUCAUGAAUAUAAAAUCUUUAAUGCCGAAGUCCUCUUCAGGGAGGAUAGCACGCCGGACGAGUUCAUCGAUGUCAUCGCUGGGAACAGAGUUUACAUGCCUUGUCUAUAUGUGUACAAUAAGGUGGAUCAAAUCUCUAUCGAGGAGGUAGAUCGUCUUGCCCGCAGACCUCACAGCGUUGUCAUCAGUUGUGGGAUGAAGCUCAAUCUGGAUUAUCUUCUAGAGACGUUGUGGGAAUACCUGUCUUUGAUUUGCAUUUUUACCAAAAAAAGAGGAGAACGCCCAGACUUUAAUGAUGCCAUCAUCAUGAGAAGAGGAGCAAGUGUAGAACAUGUGUGCCAUAGCAUCCACAGAACCUUAGCGAGCCAGUUCAAGUAUGCUCUGGUUUGGGGAACCAGCACAAAGUACAGUCCUCAAAGGGUGGGCCUGACGCACAUCAUGGAACACGAAGACGUCAUCCAGAUCGUCAAGAAGUAA